AUGGACAUUGAAAGGCACAUCAAUGAUGACCAUCAUAGGAAGACUUUGGAUGAAUUCAGUCUGGUGAAGAAUCAGAUGGUGGAAAUUCAAGGUUGUUUAAGAAGAAAUGAUAGUGAACGACAGGAAUUUGCUGACUCUAUUGCAAGGAAGUUUCAUGCAAAGGAGAACGCAAAAGCUAAUGCUGAAAGAGAUCAACCUCGAAUCACCCAAGGCGAAUCAAGUAGAAGAAGUGACGGUGUGUUAACCGGCACUAGAUCCAGACGAGCUCCAAGCAACGAUGAUAAUCCUAGGCCAUCCAAGAGAGGUGGAGGUCGGAGCGGUGGUGAUCGUGGAGGCAGAAGUAGUGGUGGUGGUCGUAGUAGGCUAUCUGGUGUUGAUCAAGGAGGUCGUGCCAGUGAUGGUGAUCGUGGUGGUAGAUCAAGUGGAAGCGGUCGUGGUGGUCGCAGCUUUCCUCCUUUUCUCAACAUGUUAAUCGGCCAAGACAUGAGCCCAACCGAUCCUCGAUUUUUGGAAGUUUGA